UUGACCGGAAGAAAGCCGGAGCGGUGUUGAGCCGGGAGCGGGGAGGGCGCUUCCGGUUGUUCACUUCCGCUUCCGGCUCUCGGCGUCUACUCUAACCCGGGCUCCGCCCUCGAGCGAGGAGUUUGUGGCGUCGGCGGGUUCCAGGCGAUUCGAGCUCCAGACAGGAUGAUCGAGGUUGUUUGCAACGACCGUCUAGGGAAGAAGGUCCGCGUUAAGUGCAACACUGAUGACACCAUCGGGGACCUUAAGAAGCUGAUCGCAGCCCAAACUGGCACCCGUUGGAACAAGAUCGUCCUGAAGAAGUGGUACACGAUUUUCAAGGACCACGUGUCUUUGGGGGACUAUGAAAUCCACGAUGGGAUGAACCUGGAGCUUUAUUACCAAUAGAGCAGAAUUCCUUCCAUUUGUCCUGUCCUGCCUCCCCCCCCACCCCGCUCCUCUCCCCUCCUGUUGGCUCCUCUCCCCUCUUCACUACCAUCUCCCCCACACUGAUACGGAUGCUUGUUUUUAAAAACUCAUGUUAAUAAAAUCUUAGAAGUUGC